CCGGGAACUGUGUCCGAGGGCGCCAUGUUCCGCACACCACCGCAGCAGCCCGACCCAUUGCAUCUCCCGAAGCAUUAGCGAUAUGUACCACGUACUCGACCCUCAUAGCUCCGAAUGGCGUGUUCAGUCGUCCCGUUCCCGUCUUCAAGGCUGCAAUGCACACGCACAUAAAAAUCUCGUAGCUAUUAUCCUUCCAUCCUUCUUUUCCUCAGCACAUCCGUCUUUGAAGUCCACCCCGCUUACCCAUCCACACCCAAACGUUUAGAAUUCUUUUCUACUUCCAGAAUCAAACGACACUAUGCUUUCGUCCGUCUUGCUGCUCGCCCUCUGUGGCCUGGCCACCGCGUCGCCCGUCGGCGCCCGCCCAAAGCCUCAGGAGGGCUGCACCAAGCUCUUGCCGAACAGCGGCGCCCCAGUCCCCGGCGACGGCUCGCCCGCCGCCUACAUGAACAGCACCAACUGCCUCUGGCAAGCCGCAGCCUCCGCCCCCACGCCCGCUGGCUACACACAAGCCUUCAGCAGCCGCGGCGGCGCCAUCUUCGACCCCCAGGGCUACCUAACCUACACGGUGCUGCAGACGGGCAAGUACGACACGGACGCGUGCGCAGCGUUCUGCAAUCGCGUCGCGGGGUGCGCGGCGUUCAACAUCUACGCAGAGCGCGACCCGAAGUACGAGCUCGGAGCGACGUGCAAGAACCCGGCGCCGGCGACGAACAUCGCGUGCGCGCUGUACAGCCAGGCGAUCAGCGCGAACACGACGAGCAAUUCGCGGCAGUGGGCGGGGAAUGAUCGAGCGAGGGAGUUUGAGAGCGUGGUGGUGGCUAGCAAUGGCUACACCCUCGCCCUCCCCGCCGUCCCGGGCUACACGCUCCUCUCCGCCCUCAACGCCUCCGCCAUCACCGCGCCGCCCGCGGACAACGCCUACAUGGGCUACAGCAUGCACGCUUCGCCCUCCUCCUACGAGCCGGGCAAGUGCGCGGCGGACUGCACGGCCAAGACGGCGUUCAACGCGGCGCACGGCAUCGGCAUGGCGUGCGCCUUCUUCAACAGCUACGUGCUGGUCCGGAACGGCAGCCCCGAGGGCACGGCCUGCGCGUUCUAUACGCGGGCGUAUGACGCUGGGUAUGCGACAAAUAGGGGGUAUGGGGGUGGCGGGGAGGAGGUUGCGAUUGCGCAGAGUUAUACGUUUGCGGUUGGGGGGUAG